CCCCGUGACGUCACGCUGCUCACCAGCGGAUGUGAUGGCGACCAGCUCAGGUUCAGUCUCAGGUCUAAACUCGGGUACCACCGGCUGGUCUAUCUAGACCAGCUCAUCGACCAGGGGGGUACAUGUCGUCCGAGCCGAGCGGAACCAUGCGGACGAGGAGACCCGAGCAGGAUGGAGGCGGCGGGGGAGUGGAGUAAAAACGUGAAGUUGGAGACCAAGCCGUUCCUCAAGCACCAUGGCCGAGUUGCCGUCGCCAAGAACCUCUCAGACCUCCUCAGGACCUCCUGGAGCCUGCAGAUCCCCUCCCAAUGUGCUGGUUCUUGCCCGGACCUGAUGAUGAGCAGGACUGAGCCGGCUGACCCGGGCCCCGUUGCCAUGGCGCUGACCCCGCAGCUGCCCCCCCGGGCCCCACGGCCCCCCCGCCCCCACCGGCCCCUCUGCCUGUCGGUCUCCUCCGACAGCAGCGGAAGGUUCCGGGCCCUGGAUUCCCUGGAGUGGAGGAACAACCUGAAGGCCCAGAUGGAGCAGGCCCACAGUGUGGGCGCGGCCAGCAGCACGGGGUCCCUGGAGCGGGCGUCCCUGUUCUGUGCGGCGGGGGGGUCGGCGGGGGGCUCCAGCCCCGUGGAGGUCCUCCAGAGGACCAAGUCCUCGGGCCGCUUCUCCCUCUUCUCCCCGCCGUGGAACAGCAGCUCAGAGUCGGACUCCAACCCCCCGUCCCGCACCGGCUCCACCAAGCUUCGCAACUACAGCCGGCGGGCCGCCACGGGCCCCGCGGGCGCCGGCCGGGCCCCCGACCCCGCCCCGGGGCCCCCGUCCCCCCGGGCCUCCCCGGGGGAGCAGGUCCAGUACUCGGAGCCGGUCAUCUCCAAGGUGACGGACUACAUCUUCGUGGGGAACCUGAACGCGGCGUACAGCGGGCGCGCGCUCUGCAGGAACAACAUCGACAGCGUGAUCGACACCAGCGGCAGCCCCGCCCUCAGCCUGAUCCCCUGCACCUGCUCGCGGCGCACACGCCACUCCUGGUCCCGCCUCAAGGUGGACAUGGAACUGGCGCCGGGCGACGCCCCCACGCUGCAGCAGCGCUGCUUCCAGGACAUCAACGGGUGCAUGGAGGCGUCGGCGGAGAGGAAGAAGCGGGUGCUGGUGCACUGCGGGGACGGCUCGUCGCUGGCGCCCACCGUGGUCAUCCAGUACCUGAUGGUGAAGCACCACAUGCGGCUGCUGCCCGCCUACGAGCUGCUGCGCUCGCGACACCCCCUCAACAUCAGGGAGCGUCACCAGGACGUGCUGGUGGCCCUGGAGCGCACCCUGCACCCGGGGGGGGGCAUGGCCCCCGAGGGCUUCAAACAGGCCCUCUCCCGGAGGCUGGCCUGGACCUGACUCCUCCUGGCUCCUCCUGGUUCCUCCUGGUUCUCCUCCUACUAACCAGGAGGAGGCCUCCUGUCUGACCCGCCGCGGUCGGGCCGGUGUACGGGCAGCGUGGGUGUUUGUGCUUGCGUACGGUGAUCGUUGUUGUGAAGUGUUAUCUGCAACAUGUCCCUCCUCCUGCUCCUCCUGCUCCUCCCGCUCCUCCCCGGGGGGGAGGACAUGCAGUAGGCUUGAUGUGGUGGCUGUCUCCGGCUCUGUGGUAAACAUGUCUUUGGCGUGACGUGCUCGGUGUUUAAUAUCAGUGGAACUCAGGAGACUGUUGAUGUCACUCCAGGGUGGGAGACUCUGAAGGACCCCAGGGGCCGCCCACCGAGGGGCCCGAUCACAAAGAAACAAACGUAAGGACAUGAACUGCUCUUCCAGAGAAGAGAAUCCUUCUUCUUCCAGAAACACAUCGGUGUGAACACUGUUGUUCUCUUUGGUGUGGACUCUUCGUCUUUAACUCGUCUCGGAACUAUUUAUGAACUCUGACAGCCAUCUAUUGCAAGAACGAAGUUUGCACAAGCAUAGCUUUUAAAUGCCUCACCCCAGCUAGGCUCACCCAUGGGCUGGGGCGAGGAAGAUGAAGGUGAGGAAGGAGCACAUCGCUAGGCUUCAGGGAUUCUGCUCCAAGAUGAGUUGCAGAAAUGUCCAAAUGCACACGCUCUAGUUGUUCUGUUGUAAUAUAUCCCCCUUAAUGAUGGUCCAAACCAGAUGGCCAACCUGGGUACCCUGGAUUGGGUCAUCCCAGAUUGAUUGAUGAUGUCUUGAGGCUGGUAGAUGAGUUACUCUAGUGUGCAUAGGCAGUCCUGGUCGGAUGGGCCUUGAGCCCUCAACCUCAUCCAAAACCCCAAGUUAUCAAUUCUACCUUGGUAGAUUAUAAUAGGAUUUAAAGUAGAACACUUGGCCUUUUGAAUCAGGUGUAGGAUCCCCUAACCCUAAGUCAGUGGUUCAGUGGACAUUGAUUUUCUAAUGUGGUCUCUGACUUUGGGGAAUGUGUGUUGUCUAAAACCUGUAACCUGAAAGUUGUCUCAAUGCUACGCAUAUCUAUAGGGACUGGAGGGAGUAGGGACAUAGGAGGGAGUGUGUGAGGACUCAGUGGGGACCUAACUGGGACAUAGGAGGGAUUGUGUGAGGACUCAGUGGGGACCUAACUGGGACAUAGGAGGGAGGGUGUGAGUACUCAGUGGGGACCUAACUGGGACAUAGGAGGGAGUGUGUGAGGACUCAGUGGGGACCUAACUGGGACAUAGGAGGGAGUGUGUGAGGACUCAGUGGGGACCUAACUGGGACAUAGGAGGGAUUGUGUGAGGACUCAGUGGGGACCUAGCUGGGACAUAGGAGGGAGUGUGUGAGGACUCAGUAGACUUGGUGGAAGUGUAAGGACUAAGUUGGGACUUAGUGAGGGCUUGGUGGGAGUGUUAGUGAGGUUAGCCCUCACCCAGUGGGGACUGUAUGCUGAGGUAGUGGGAGGGUUAGUGGGGACUGUAUGAUGAGGUAGUGUUAGUGGGGACUGUAUGAUGAGGUAGUGUUAGUGGGGACUGUAUGAUGAGGUAGUGUUAGUGGGGACUGUAUGAUGAGGUAGUGGGAGUGUUAGUGGGGACUGUAUGAUGAGGUAGUGUUAGUGGGGACUGUAUGAUGAGGUAGUGUUAGUGGGGACUGUAUGAUGAGGUAGUGGGAGUGUUAGUGGGGACUGUAUGAUGAGGGCGUGUUAGUGGGGACCCAUUUGGGUCUGUAUGAUGAGGUAGUGCUAGGACGUGGUGGUCUAUGGUGGUCUCCAGUGGCUCCCGGAGCCAGCUGUACGGUGCCUUGAGGUGGAGAAGUACCCGGACGUGAGGUGAUAUUUGCACACUGUAUGCAUUUCAUGGGCAUUGACUUUGAUAUUUUCCACUAUUUGUGUAAAUGUUUCCUAUUGACUUGUAAUGAAGUGAUUCUUGCAGCUUUUCAGUUUGGUGCUUUGGUGGUUGAUUUGAUUUCAUGUGUUCUCGUGGUUCUGCUGUUGCUCUCGAUGGCUGCUUGUUGUUGUAGUGAACACAUGAUAUUUUCUAGCAGGUCUCUCAGGUGAACUCAUAGUGGCCGAAUGUUUCCACGAAUGCCAUGUGACCGUGUGAAGUGUUUUCUAGUCACCCUGCAGACGUACUGUGAAACUAGUGGAUGACUGUUUUGUUUACUCCGAUGUUUUGUUAACUAUUACUAAUUGAAAAACGAUAUAAAAUGAAGUGAGAAACGUG